CAGGUGGUAAGUUCUCUUGUUUUAGGCAUGAGUACUUAAUGCUCACAUGUCUCUCUUUAUUUCCUCCACAACACCUCUACCUGCACAACAACAGGAACCACUAAGAGAUACUCCCACUCUACCACAACUAAUGGCUUUUCCAAUGCUAGAUGGUAGUAAAAUUAACAUUCUUACAAGAAUUGGUGUUCGCUACAAUGUUUUUGGACCAUUUCUGCUAAAUGAUGAUGAUGGAUCCGUAACGGAUGCCCUGAAGGAGUCGUGUAUGAGAGAUUCACAUGCAAUCAACCUAGAAAUUUCGAAACUGUGGUUGCAAGGUAAAGGGAAAUUGCCGAUAACAUGGGCCACCUUUGUCAGUGUAUUGAAGGAAAUGGAUAUGAAAGGCCUUGCCUUGGAUAUUGAGUCAUCUCUCCGAGAUGACUAUGCUGAGGCUCUUAGUAAAGGCUCUGUUCCUGGUGCUUAUGUGCGGUUAAUGUUCCUGGGGGCAGGGGGUUCAGGGAAGAGCAGCUUACUCGAUGGCCUUAUGAAUGUUCCAUUAAGAAUGGCGGAAACCACAGUUGUAGCUGACACACGCACUGUGUCAUUUCAGUGGAUCAAAGCAGCAGAUAGUUGUGAGGAGGCUUGGAAAGAGCAUACUAGUUCUGACGAGGCUACAAUUUUUAGCAGCUCAUUCUCAUAGUCUUGUUUCUGAAAAAGAGGAGAGGAGAGGAAGAAGCAGGGUCCUAUAUAUAUAAACAGCGUUUGGCUCCUGCCGUUGAUAGCUUUCGUUUGGCUCCUGGUGCAGUUGCUUUAAUAACUUUAAGGCAUCAAGUUAGUGGAAAAGAAGUUAGUCAUGAGCAUAAGGAGAAGGUAUCAGAAAUAACCAGCACUGCCUAUAGUGAAAUUAUCAAAAAAGCAAA